AUGUUACUGAACUCAGUUCCUGCCAUUUUCUUCUGUAAUUGCUGCUUAAUGUCGAGGAGGAAGGUUAGGGAGCCCAAGGAGGAGACUACUACCCUUGGACCUGCUGUACGAGACGGUGAGCAUGUUUUCGGGGUGGCUCACAUUUUCGCUUCCUUUAACGACACAUUUAUUCAUGUAACUGAUUUGUCUGGAAGGGAAACAAUGGUUCGCAUUACGGGUGGAAUGAAUGUGAAAGCCGAUAGAGAUGAAUCGUCCCCUUACGCAGCGAUGCUUGCAGCACAAGACGUUUCUCAACGUUGUUUCCAUGUUUGUUAUCCGCUGGAAUUGGGCAUUACUGCCCUUCAUAUAAAGCUCCGAGCUACCGGAGGGAACAAGACAAAAACACCUGGUCCUGGUGCCCAGUCCGCACUUAGAGCUCUUGCUCGAUCUGGCAUGAAAAUCGGUCGCAUCGAGGACGUUACCCCCAUUCCCACUGACAGUACCCGAAGAAAGGGUGGCAGACGUGGAAGACGGCUGUGA